CGCAAUGCGUCUGUCCGGUCUUCAGAAAGAGGUCCUUGCCUUGUACCGGCAAUGUCUGCGGGAGUGCCGGAAGAAACCCGCGGCAAGCCGCAAAAACUUCCAGGUGUUUGCGAGAAAUGAAUUCGAAAAGAACAUCAAAAUCGACAAACGCGACUUUGGCGCUAUUGAGUUCCUGCUGCGCAAGGGCCGCCGGCAGCUGGACUUGUAUUCGUUGCCAGGCGUCAAGGACAUCAAAUGAGCGCCUGCCUGCUCCUUUGCCGGACAGGACCUGAGCGCAACAAGGAAACGACCAAGUAGCAGCUCUGCAGUCGGACUUCCCGCCAUGCAGCCAUCGCUCCUCAACUUCACCGUCACCAACGGGGUCCAAUCCAAGUGUGAUGGACGCACCACCCGCCAGUCAGACUUGCGUCCGCCGAUCCAAACAGCCCCGGCACGGCUCAACAGCAGCUAAAAAAGACCACGGGCUUGGCCAGGUUACGCCCGCUUGCGAACGUGCCUCGGCCUAGGCCUUUGAAGUCCCGAUCGCUCUCAAAGCGACCGUUUGCCUGGCCGGGUCUCUGAAGCUGUCAAGCCGAAGCCGAACGUUUAGGUUACGGGGCCGGUUCUGAGCAAUUGUCUCGACCGAUUAUGAAGGACCAACCUCUCUCUGCCUCGCUGCCAUUUCGGAGUCGGAGAGUUCACGUCGGGGAAAGGCACGGAACAGAGCUGCACCCCGAGGCUGGGCAUGCCCAGGGGAAGGAAGGAAGGCUCGUGACAUUCGUCCGAAUCAGG